AUGCGCCCCGCUGUCCCUGACACCUACCUCCUUCGACCCCGCAAGUCCCCCUCCCCAGGCGCAGCGGAGGACCAUCCCCGCCACUCUUCACCGGAAACGUUCUUCCUGACUCGAGACAGCGAUCUGCAAGAUUCCCAGACUGCCCCAACAUCCGGAGCUGAAACCAAAGACGGUUCAUACGACGUGCGGAGCCUCGAGGAGUCUCUACUCGAAGAACCACACGUUGAUUCUCCAACCCCCAGGGCCGGCGGCUGCCCUAUCAAAUGGCCGAAUUCGCUGCUUGAAAAGGAAACCGACGGCGGACCAACUCUGCACAUUCCGAGGAAAAUGCCAGCAACGAAACCCAUCGAGUCCAGUGAUGGAGAUCAUGAAGGGCUGAAUCCGUCAGUACCCAGUUCUCUUCCACUAACACCCUAUUCACCUAAUUCCCCGAUCGAAUCCUCUUCCCUCCAAAGCAGCCCCAAGUCAAUGUCGAUGCGAUCCUUUCGUCAAGCUGAUGGGAUAAGCACACAUGAUGGCGGGAACAAGCGUUCAACUGGUGCGGCGGAAACUGAAGGUGGCAGUGGCAGCUGUCUCCUCGAGUCGUCGGAGAUACAGGACAGUACUCCGCAGCUGAUAAUGCCAAGUAUCCAAAUGCCCAGCCGGCGGCCAUUUACGGAAAAGGGAAAGUCUAUUGGCAAGUUUAAGAUACUCAUCGCGGGUGCCGCUGGUUCCGGGAAAACGUCUCUCAUAAAAUCCAUCGUCCAGAUCUUUGAAGAUAUAGUGCAUGUCGACCCGCUCCCUCGCCGUCCGUCGCGGCCAGAUGCUGGGAGAGCAAGCAGUAGACCGGGCUCCAAACGACUGUCCCGAACCCACCAUCAUGACCGAGAGUCCACGUCGCUUGUGGAGAUAUAUGCCAGCACCAAGCCAUACCCGUCGUGGUGGUCAGAUCUUGAAGAUUCAAGGGUUCUCCGGAGGAGGAAAAGCAUGGGGGAUUUCGUGUUGGAGAGGAACCUGUGUUUUGUUGAUACCACCAGCGGAGCAUUGGGUCUGCUGGAUCAGGCGGAGUGUAUCGUGCAGUAUCUCGGCCAGCAGUUUCAAAGGGCUGUGACGGCUUUGGAUUCAAUCAACUCUGAUUUCCUGGGCCUGUUGAGUGGAAAUGGCGGUUCCCAGGUGGAUGCCAUAUUGUAUCUUGUUUCCAAAGAUUCCUUUGCGGCCGACAUAGCAUGCAUACGGAAGCUAUCAACAUACGCCAACGUGAUCCCCUUAAUUGCCAAGGCAGAUCUCCUCUCCGAAACCGAGAUCCAGCAACUAAAACGCUCAUUCCUCUCUCAGGCCCAGGAAGCCGACGUUCGCCCCUUUCUGUUCGGAGAUUUUACAGCUGCACGUGAAGGUGAUGAAGCUGCUGCCACGACGACCACGGCCAAGACCACGACCACGACCACAACCAGCCCGUCCUUACCAUUUGCAGUCUCGUCCGCAAAUUCCCACGACGAUGAUAACAUGGAUGCAAGCCUUCUGAUGAGCCCCGAAUACAGACAACCUAUCCUGGCUCCGCCACCUCGCCACGAAAAAGCUAAUCCAAUCCUUCCCCCACCCCCACCGACCCCUCAACAGCCCGCAAACCACGCCUCCCCCGCCCCUCCGAAUCCGAAAAAAUCACUAAUCUGCGCUCAAAUAUCUGAGAGGAAUCGUAUAUGGGAUCCACAAAAGGAAAAAGCCAUUUUCCUCUAUGAUCGUCUCGCCCAUGAGGAUACCAACUUUGGUCUCGAUGGCGCGAAGAACACCUUGCCCAGCUCCGCCUGGCAAAAAUGGGCCGCGGACCUGCAACAGAGCCUCCAAAACGAACGAGAGCGCUACGAGACACUUGCGCGUAGCGAGCGGGCCGUGUGGCUUGCGGAGCGGCUGGGUGAGUGCGUGGUGGAUGGGACGUUGGUGCCGAUAUCGCGGACGCCGGGGUUUGAGGGGCCGUGUGGCAGCUGCAACUCGUCGGGGAUGAGGAAGGGGAUGGGGAAGGGGGGUGAAGAUGGAGAUGGAGAUGGAGAUGGAGAUGGAGGCGGGGACAGGGGCAGGGGCAGGGGACAGGGUAGGGGUGCGGGGGGAGGAGAGAUGGUUACGGUUUAUGGGCCUGAUGGGCGGCGGCGGCGGGGGCGGCGGCGAGUGGGGGGCUAUCAGGUGCAUGCGGGCGGGGAUGUGAUGAGGGUGAUGGAUCCGCUGGGGUUGAUUGGGUGGAAUGACGAGGUGAGGCAGCGGGGGUGGGUGGUUGUGAGGGUGUUGGGGGGUGUGGGUGUUUUUGGCGGGAUUGCGUUGUGGGUUGUCCGGGGAUGGAAUGUUGGUUGGUUUGGCUGGGGUUGA